UAUUCCCUUGUCAAUUUAGUUAACUCCUUUCCAACCAAUUUCGUAGCAUCUCUGUGCUUUGUUCAUUUUGUGGCUCACUGGUAUCGUGAUUAAUCACAGUCCAAAGCUUCACGUUCCAUGGGAAAUCACGAUGCAACAUACUCAGAUCAUUUCACGUAUGAUGUUUUUCUUCUGAGUUUUUCAGAAAAAGAAAGCUGCGUUUUUACUGAUUAUCUCUACCAAGCUUUGCUCGAUGAUGGAAUCAAAACUAUCAGAUACAAUGACAAAACACACUCUCUUGUUGAGAAGACAAUUGAGGAAUCCAGAUUGUCAAUGGUGGUGUUGUGCGAAAACUACGCGUAUUCCCCUACGUGUCUCGAUGUACUUGUCAAUAUUAUUGAGUGUUAUGAUGCCAAAGCGAAACAGGUUUCAGUCAUUUUUUACAAAGUGGAGCCAUCGGAUGUUUGGCUUCAGGAAAAUUCUUAUGCAGCAGCUAUGAUUGAACAUGAAAAGAAUUUUGGUCAUGACUUGGACAGGGUGAAAACAUGGAGGUCAGCCCUGUCUAGAAUCAAAGACCUUAGUGGAGAAUACUGCACGGACGACAAGUAUGAAUCUGGCUUCAUCAAGAUGAUUGUUAAGGCCACCUCUGCUAAAUUGCCUCCUCCUCCCGUGCCUUUAGAAAUGAAGCACCUAGUGGGACUUGAUUCUCGAUUUGAAGAGGUGAGAUCACUUUUAGAUAUUGAAUCCAAUGACGCUGUUUGCAUGUUGGGAAUUCAUGGAGAUGCUGGAAUAGGCAAAACCACACUUGCCGCAUAUUUGUAUAACAAGAUCAGGCAUCAAUUUGAAGCUGCCAGUUUUCUUUCUAAUAUAAGAGAAAAAUCAAACAAUGGUAACAUCACUAAUACUCUGGAAGAUCUUCAAAAGACACUUCUAUAUGAGACUGUUAAGGAAACACAAGUCAUGACGAGAAAUACAUUUGAAGGACGAUCUCAAAUAAAAUCCAAGCUUAGUCAUAAAAGGGUUCUAUUGAUUCUGGAUGAUGUUGAUGAUAUAGAACAAUUGGAAGCACUUGCCGGAGGAUGUGAUUGGUUUGGUUCCGGUAGCAGGAUCAUUAUAACAACAAGAGAUGAAAAUGUGCUAGAUAAGCACCAGGUUGCAAUUAAGAAAUAUAAAAUACAGGAGUUAAACUUCGGUGACUCACUUGAACUCAUGUGUUUGUAUGCCUUUGAUAUGAGCAAACCUGCAGAGGACUAUGAAGAUAUUUCUAAUGAUGUGGUAAGUUAUGCACGGGGUUUCCCACGAGCUUUAAAAGUCCUAGGGUCUCAUUUGAAGGGUCUAAGCGUAAAGGAAUGGAAGAUGGAGUUGAAGAAAUUUAGAAAGGUUCCAAAUGCUUUUUCUUUUUUGGCAGAUUCUUUCUGAAAAGGAAUCAUGGUGUUGGGACACAUGACUACCCCAUUCAUUUUCUACGUUCUCAUCCCCACACCCCCUUGUCCCGACAAGUUUAUUUUAUGAAAUUUUAGGUCUUACACUUCUAAGUGAAGGGAUACAUGACUGAACCGAUUACGUCCAGAACAAGUGGUAUUCUAUGAUUGUAUAAGUAUGAGAUUAUUCAGUUGAUGAAGGCUUAUAAGAGUUGACAACUAUUACUCAUAACAACAA